GAGGCUGCCAUGCCUACAUUUCACGAAAAUAGAGCCAAAUAGGAAACCCACAGUAAAUUUAAAUACAUACACGCGUAUUCAUUCCAUACUAACGCCCACUUUAAUGUCUUCUGAGUGUUUUUAAAAAGGAAUGUCCUGUAGUUUGAUGACGUGCAUGUGAUCAUCUCAACAUGAAACAGGCUAAACAACAGCAAUAGAAACGUGCUUGAGUUGAUGCGCAGGAUUAGAAUUAUCCGUUCAAGUCAACCAGGACAUCUCACAAAAGUAAGUUGAGGAGCUUGCUACCCGAACAGGGUUGGGUAGGCUACAAUGUAACUCUUGUUUAGCCUGCUUGACAAAGUCUGACUCCUCCUCCGCAAGACGCUGUGGCUACAACAGUGUAUCUCGUCUAAUCGAUUUGAGAGCAACUUAAGGAUUUUACAUGGUCGACAAUGUACUGUCUCGGUGCUGGUUACAUUUCUAUGGAAGACCGUAUUAUUCCUGCCUAUCGUAAUGGAAUGCCAGUUUACCAGAGACUGCGAAGACAUCGAAGGACAACACAGGCCUAUUACUAUUGACAUGGAUGCUGAAAACGGAGAGGUGUUUUUCAGGAUCAAAGAGGAAGACAAUGUGACUGAGGGAGAUCUUCAGAACAGCUAUGCCCUGUGGUCCACACAAAGUGUCCUCAACGACAGUGAGCCGGAGGAUGUGCUCCAUGCCAUCAACCCUAAUGACAUGUACACCUCCUCCGGGGCUCAGCAGGAUUCCCUGUCGGAGAGCGACAGCGGCAUGUCUGAGGACCCCCAGGCUGACAGCCCCUUAGGACCCCCGGCAGAGGCUCCUCCCCCAGGUCUGUCCGCCGUGCCCACUGUCUAUCAGCUGGUCUAUGACAUCAGCGCCAUAGCAGGCGGUGUGAAGAGGGAGCCAGAGCACCACAAUGUUGAUGUCAUAUCCAUACAGCUGGAUGAGUGGAGUUCUCAGAUGCUGCUGACUGACUCUUGUAUAGUGAAUGAGCUGCCUCUGGUUGCUGCAGCGGGGAAAGUAGAGUCCGCCCACUCCUCCAGUGACUCCAACCACGGAGAUACUUCACUGGAUUAUCCAGAUCUUCGCCUGACUGAAGAAGAACAGAAGCUUCUGACACAAGAAGGGAUCUCCCUGCCCAAUAACCUCCCUCUCACCAAGGCAGAGGAGAGGAUUCUGAAAAAAGUAAGACGCAAGAUUCGCAACAAGCAGUCAGCACAAGACAGCCGGCGCAGGAAGAAAGAAUAUAUCGAUGGGCUCGAAAGCAGAGUGGCUGCCUGCUCGGCCCAGAACAAGGAGUUACAGAGGACCGUGGAUCAGCUGGAGAAACACAACAUAUCGCUUCUGGCUCAGCUGAGGAAACUGCAGAGUCUGAUAAAGCAGACAGCCAGCAAGGCAGCUCAAACCAGCACCUGCAUCAUGAUUUUCAUCUUCUCUCUGGUCCUCAUCAUCUUCCCCAGCUAUAGCCCCUUCAGCAGCAGAGGUUCCACAGCAGUGGAGGAGGGCUAUGCUCCUAUUGGAGUCAUCUCCAGAAACAUCCUCAACGAUCCCUCUUCAUCAUCGUUGCAAAUCUCCGAGGAGACCGACAACAACAACAACAUGGGGUUGACCUCUGUGGCCGACAUCGGGCCACCUCCCCCAGACAUUCCUCCUCCUCCCAAUCAGUCUGACCUUCCAGACAUGACUCUGCCAAAGCAGCAGCAGCAACAACCUCCAGAAACUCCUGAUAGGGAAGACGGCAGCGUAGAGCUGUCCUUCAAAAGCAGCCAGCCUGGUAACAGUAACGGCACAGUGCUGGCUGACACCAAGACAGCUGAUCAAAUGGACUUGGGGACAAUACAUUCGCAGUCGGCCAGACCAGGAAGUGGGAACGUGGAUCAGACCAAACCAGCUCAUGCGGAUGAGAUGUGACCGCCAUCUUGGGGCGCCAUCUUGUUUUAUUUUUUAUUAUUUAUUUUUUGGCCUUUAAUUUAUGGAUUUAUUCAACAGCCUUCCACAUGCUCUUUGUGAUACUUGUUCUUCAACUGCAAGGGAUAUCUUGAUGUAUUAUCUUGAGGAUUUUUUUGUUUGUUUAAGAAGUCAAUUAACUAUUUAAUCCAGCCGCCUUGAAUGGAUUAGAAAUAUUGUUUAUUGCAAUAUUGGUGGUUCUCAUGUUCAGUCUAAAGAGACCUCUUCUGGAAACAUUAUUAAUAAGAAGAAAAUGUGUAUUUUCUUUAAGCUUUUAAGAUUAGUUCAGUUGUUUUCCAAAAUUGGACUGGGUAGGCUACAUAUAUAUGGGUCCCUUACCAUGAUUUUUUUCUUCUUGUUAUGAAGAGCAGAGUACACAUUUGGUGAAAUGAGAUUCUGUUGAAUCUGUCCUCUGAUGUGUCAGUUUAGGCUUUGUCCAUGGGCGUAAAGUAUACACCCGCAGCCCCCGCGGGGGCCUAUACGAGGCGGGGGGCCCACAUGGGCCCUUGACUUGAGGAAACGGGCCCCCUCCACAUGAUAUUAGGCCCUCUUUUUUCGUUUGGGAGCCCAUUCUUGAUAGCUUCAGGGGAGCCUGAAGUACUUGCGUUACACGAGUGGCUUUGUCUAUGCAUGCCCUUUUCAAUUUGAUCGUUACCGGUACUUUGUGAAAAGGAUUUAAAUGCAUAAGAAAAUGAUUAGAUAUGGCUCAAUGGUUAGAGCGCUGGCCUCAAGAUCAGUAGGUUGCAGGUUCAAAUCCCACCCUUACCAGCACCGUCAUCCUUGGCCGAAGUGCCCUUGAGCAAGGCAUCUAACCCCACUUGGUGCCAGCCAGGGCCUGUAACCAAUACCCUGUACCCAAAUAACUGUAAGUUGCUUUGGAGAUAAAUGUCCGCGAAAAGCAAUGAAAUUACAUGAAAUGAGUGAGAAAUCACUAAGCUCUUUUUUUAGUAUAAUUUGAAACAAAAACUAUUUCUUGUCUCAGUUCAGUUGUUUGGCCCAGGUGGAGGCUGGAGGAUUUACAAAUGGUUCGAUAAAAGCAAGGCGUACUGAGCAAGAAAUUGUGGGUGAAACUCACUGCUAGAAGUUCUGCUUUAAUGUUUGUAAAAUGUUUUAUCUACAAGGUAGGCACUUUGUGUCUUGCAACACCAAUGAAAAUAAAAAAGGGUCUUUUUUUAUUCCA